AUGUAUUCUAGAGCUGUAUUUCUGGCUAUCAAUGUUUUAGUAGCUGGGGCUGCUAAAUUUAGCAAUUCGAACUUCAAUAGCAUCUCAACUGGCUCCCCUUUCGCUAUCACUUGGGUCGAUGCUUCAGGGCCGGUCACACUCAAAUUGAAGAAUGGCCCCUCAACCGCAUUGAAGGAUGCCAGCACUAUCGGAUCCGGCUUAAUAGGAUCCAGCUUCUCCUGGACUCCCGCAGGGUCUUUCCCAGAGGGACCCUACGCAUUCGAGAUCAUCGACUCCACAGGGCCAAACUAUAGCGUUCAGUUUGAAAUCAGCGACAGCUCUGACUUUACUGACGUGUCAACUGGAGCAACAGCUUCCUCCACCUUGUCGUCAUCACCAGCGUCGUCUGGGUUAUUUGUUCUAAGUUCCACAGUUUUGACCACAUCGUUUCCGGUGUCAGCUAUUCCAACUCCCGCGACCUUAACCACAUCGUAUCCGCCUUCAACUCUGGCAUCUGGAGUACCCUCCGACCCCACUAGUUCUGCAACUUCGGCCCCUUCACCCCAUAAAAACCCCACUAUAAGCAGUGCACAGAGUACCUCUGUUACCUCUACUUCUACGCUCAUCAAUACUAGCUCUACUACUAGUGCUACCAAAUCCGCCGCGCUUGGGCGUAAUAAUGCUGCCCAUGCUUUCCCUUUUUUGACUCUGGUCCUGGGUGUUGUUACUUGCCUUAUCUACUCGAGCUAA